UGCAAGACAACGACCGAAACCAAAAACUCAACUGAGGACAACAAGCCGCAUCGUGCUUCAAUCAAGCCCCUUUGCGUAAAUAAUUCGCCCCGUCUCUCAUCCUUUUCGCCGUGUGUACUCGAGUCGGCAAUCAUGCCUCUCGCUAAGGACUUGCUGAAUCCCUCGCCUGAGGAGGAGCGCAGGAAGUGCAAGCUAAAGCGGUUGGUCCAGCAUCCGAAGUCAUUCUUCAUGGACGUUAAAUGCCCUGGAUGCUACAAGAUCACUACAGUGUUCAGUCAUGCCCAGACAGUAGUGCUGUGUGUUGGAUGCUCCACAGUUCUUUGCCAGCCAACAGGGGGCCGGGCUAGGCUAACUGAAGGAUGUUCAUUCAGGAAAAAGCAGCACUAAGACCUACCACUCAGCUGUAAAAAGGGAAAUAAAAUGGUCCAGUACCACAUCCAAGCUGCUGUGCUUACAUCGUGUUUCCAAUAAACCGCUCUUUUGUUUAUGCCGUAA